CAAGACUACGAAGAUACUGAUUGCGUUGAAUUUGAUGGAUUAAGCAAAAUAUCGAAGUCUAUUUUCAUUUCCUUAUCAUUGAUCUGCGGGAUUUGGGCAGUCGGAGGAAACCUAGCCCUCCUUACAGCAUUUUACCGCAGUAAAACAGUUUAUGGCCAUAUUACGAACGAUUUCGUCGUUUCGUUAGUAGUGUCCGAUCUCCUGAUCGGGUUGUUGAUGACACCGAUGUAUAUCUGCUACUCAGUCGACUUAGAUCCUCCAUGGCUCAUCAAAAUUGAAGGCUUUCUUUGGAUUUUAACAGUAACAGCUACAACUCAUAGUCUAAGCGCUGUCAGCGUGGACAGACUAAUUGCGAUACUUUAUCCUCUCCGCUAUAGUCUGAUAGUAACGGAAAGACGAUGUCGUGUUGUCAUUGCGCUGAUCUGGCUCGACGGGUUGGUUUUCGGAUUUCCCAGACUGAUUCUGGACGAUUUUCAGAAACUAGAAAGGUUAUGGGUCACCUGUUCGAUUGUCACUGUUGCCAUACCAGUACUGAUCAUGUCCUCUUGCUAUGGCAAAAUUUUUACAAUCGUCAAGAAGCAAAAUGGUCGAAAACUGGCGAACAAUUUUACAACUGGCAAACUUUUGCGAAAUAGAAAAGCUGCCAUCACUAUUGGAAUAAUCGUCUGUCUGUUCAUCAUAACAUUUAUUCCAAGCACAGUUGUAUAUUUUAUGCUCCUGUUUGAGAAGGACAGGUGCAAAGAACUUGAGCUGAAUGAUGUUUGGCUGUGGGUGGCACUUGUGUCAUUUUCCCAUUCAGCGAUUAAUCCUUGGGUUUAUGGACUUAGAUAUCGAGCCUUAAGAAAA